AUGGAUCUCAUGAAUAGAGUAUCUCAACCGUAUUGCGAUCAGUUCGUGGCAGUCUUCAUAGACAAUAUUUUGGUUUAUUUAAAGACAAAUGAGGAGCAUGAUGCACACCUUAGAGUGAUUCUUCAAACACUACGAGGCAAGAAGCUUUAUGCUAAGUUGUCUAAGUGCAAGUUUUGGUUAACCGAAGUGGCAUUCUUUGGACAUGUGAUAUCUAUAGAAGGGAUUCGGGUGGAUCCUCAGAGGAUUAAAGCUAUAUUAGAUUUGGAAGUUCCAAGAAAUGUUUCCGAAGUACGAAGUUUCUUGGGAUUGGCUGGAUAUUAUCAAAGGUUCGUAAAGGACGUUUUGAUGAUUUUCUCCCAUUUGACAAAGUUGUUAAAGAAAUCUGUGCCAUUCAUUUGGACGAAUAGAUGCCAAGAGAGUUUUGAAUCUUUAAAGGAGGUUCUAACGGAUGCUACAGUGCUAGUGCAACCAGAAUCGGGUAAGGAUUAUACAACUUAUAGUGACGCUUCCCAUAAUGGUUUGGGAUGUGUUUUAAUGCAAGAUAGAUAA